ACUGCUGGGCACUGACUGGCACAACUGCUGGGCACUGACUGGUGACACUGACUGGCAGCACUGCAUUGAUGGGCACUGGUGGGUGGCACAGUUGGGUGGCACUGGUGGGCACAGGUGGGUGGUACUGCUUGGCACAGGUGGGUGCACUGUUGGGCACAGGUGGGCGGAACUGGUGGGUGGCACUGCUGGCACCGAUCAUCAGGGCACUGACCAUCAAUGCCCUAAUGAUCGGUGCCGAUCCCUGCUCUGACAACUGCCGGAUCUCGGCAGUACUCUCCUCGCGCUCUAACAGCGUGAGGAAAGUGCAGCCGAGAACCGGCAAUUGC